UCUGCCUCUGCACCUUCUCUCGCACACGAGCGGAAGAACCCAAAAAAAUGUCGCCCGUCGCUCUGAGCAGCAUAACUAGGCGCAUCCAAAAACACCACCAGCGUCGAAUCGAACUAUACGUGCAACGCAACAAAGUCCUACGCGAACGCAAGACUGCUGACAUGGUUCUAGCCCAAAGGCGCAAACGAGAAUACGAGGCGUUUAUGGGGGAGAUUGCGAGGGCCAAUUAUAGGCAGCGGAAGUUACGGGAGGUGCAGGUCCAGUUUGAGAGAGGGUUUACAGAUCGAGAACGGUUCUUACUGGCGAAUCAGGCUGUUGCGGUUGCACGGGCUCCUAGGACGGAGCAGAAGGAGAGGAGGAGAGAAUUAAGGAGGCGGAUUAGGAGGUUUGAAAAGGUGGCGAGGCAGACGGGGCUAGCAAUGAUGGACACUUGUCAGUAUGUUGUCCAGCCGAGGGAUGUGGCUGUGAGCGCCAUGGAAACCUGUGUUGCUGCCAUCAUCGAGAUCACGAAAUGUCCUCCCUGACAGUAGCAGGGUCAGACAAGUGCCAACUUCCUUCAGGACUAGUAUCCAAUAUUAAACUAGAGUUGCUGAGGAAGGAAAAAGGUGGCGGAGAGUGAAGAGGAGGGCGAUUAAAAUAUGUUACCGUGCUAGUGAGCGGUAGGAACCAAGGAGUAAUACACCACUCCCAAUUCCCAGCUAAUCGCAAUUGUACUCUUAUUACCAUAGGCACGCAGAGUAGUUUAAAUAAUAUCUCUUCACAGAAG